AUGUUCCAACGAUCCAGGCCUUCAACCUCGCAGAGCAACUCCGGGUCUACAUCGUAUGGGUACUACGGAUACGGUGACUACAACACGACUACUACGUCCCGACCAGGCACUCGCAGGAACACAGGGAGACCCUCAACUGCGCGACCGAGGACUGGGGCCUCUACUAUCGCUAGGGUCGAGGCUCAGAACGUUGUCUGUGCCAUUGCCGAGUCUCGUGGUAUCUCACCCACUGUUGGCUUGGCUUUCGUGAAUCUCGACACUGCAGAAGCAGUACUCUGUCAAAUCUGCGAUAGUCAAACCUUCGUUCGAACAGUUCACAAACUAAAGGUCUACGGUCCAUCCGAGAUUCUGAUCGUGUCUACUGCGGCGAGCCCUAGAUCAAAGCUCUUCUCGAUCGUUGAAGAAAACCUCGAAGACAUUGGAAGUAAGCUGACCCUGCUUGAUCGCCGCUACUGGGCUGAGUCGACCGGAUAUGAGUACAUUCAGUCUUUAGCGUUCAGAGAGGACGUCGAAGCAAUCAAGAUUUCCGUCACUGGCAACUACUAUGCGGCACUCAAGUACAUUGAUCUGGGCUUAGGUAUGGUCUUCUCCGCUCACUCCCUUCGCAUGAGAUAUGAGCCAUCUGAAGGAUCGAUGAUGAUCGACGUGUCUACCAUUUACUCGCUUGAACUGGUUCAGAAUCUCCGCGAUCCGAAGUCAAGAGAUUGCCUAUUUGGUCUUCUCAACGAGACAUUGACGCCCAUGGGAGCACGCCUUCUUCGGAGCAAUGUCUUACAGCCACUCACGGAGCCAGAGGUACUCAACACACGGUAUGCUGCAGUCGACGAUAUGACCAAAAAGGAAGAGUUGUUCUUCGCAACCCGGGCAGCGCUGAAGGACUUCCUCGAUGCCGACCGCAUACUGACUGCGCUGAUUGUCGCUCCAAGCAAGACCACUCUGCAGACAACGGAGCAAUCCAUCAAUCACGUCAUUAUGCUCAAGCAAUUCGUCAACUCCGUAAGCCCGGUCUUCGAAGCCCUUACUGGGACUGCAUCUGUCAUGUUGAACAACAUCCGCGAGAUAUGUGCCCCAGAGAACGUCGCACCUGUCCAGGAACUUAUCGACCGUGUCAUCAACGAGGACACCACUUAUGCAAGGCAGCCUUUGGAACUCAGGAACCAGCGCACUUACGCCGUGAAAUCUGGUGUGAAUGGGCUGCUUGAUGUUGCGCGUACAACUUACAAAGAAGCUACUGAAGAUGCGUACCAGCAUUCAACAGAGCUCAGUCGUGAGAUACAAUUCAUCGUUUUCAACCUCAAAUACGAUACGGCACGCCAGUUCUUCAUGAAGAUCGCAACAACCGAGCUGGAAGGCAAAGCACUACCGCCGAUAUUCACCAACAUCAUUCGCCGCAAGAACAACAUCGAAUGCCAGACUUUAGAAUUAAUGAAGCGUAAUCAGAAGGCAUGUGGCUACAUGCAGUGA